UCAUAGAAAAAUGAUAAUAAUAUUUGAGUAUAAUUUGUUAGUCAUAAGUUAUUAAAUUUGUGUUCAAAAUGUCAAGUCCAUUGUUGCUGGAGCCUGAUCUUAUAGCAGCUGGCGAAAAUGUGAUGCCUGAACUGAAUAAUGAUUUGUUAUUAGCAAAAAAUUUUUUGAAACAACAAAGUGCCGCUACCGGUGACUCGUUAUACGACCACCUAGUGGAUAUAGUUCAUAAGAUUAUAUCACAGAAGCCACCCAACGUGGUUGAUAAUUUCGAAAAAUACUCCUGGGAGGUGAAAGCUGACAAGUUUCGCCCCAACUUCGACCUGCUCAACGAUGUCUACCUUACACCACCACAGCUUGCUGUUGUGCGGCGGAUGGAGGAAAUGUUUCAGUUGGUAGCGAGGAAAGCGGAGAAGAUGGAAGACUUUGGCGAAGAGGAGCAGGAGUUGGACCUGGAGGAGGACACAGACAAGCCCAGAGUAUCUGAUCUCGUAGACCACAACUAUUACUUUAGACAGGGUGGUUACGGUCUUCCUGAAUCCGAAUGCUACGCUGUAUAUAUUGCGCUUAAUAUGUUGGCAAUAAAGGAACCAGUAGCCACAGUGAGAUUUUUUGGCAAGAUUUUUGGAACAAAAGCAAACUACUACGUUGCUGAAACCGAUCUUACAGUUGAAGAGUUGGAUCGCAGAAUCCGGGAAUUCGAAAUGAAGGACAUGCCUGGCGAGGGUGAAGGAUUAGAUGAAGAUCGUCUUCCUGAAGCAGAAGAGCAUAAAGAAGAAGUCGGCGAGGGUGAAGCUGUUGACGAGAAGUCCAAAGAGCCAGUGCCCCCAAAGUUACCACCAGUGCCGGUGUCGACGUGGCAGCCACCGCCACCCAUACCCGUGGAGAGACCAGGCCAGGGGGUCAAUAGAAAGGUAUUCUGGGUGUGCAACCAGCCGGGUGACCCGUGGAUAUGCCUCCCGGAUGUAACGCCGGAUCAGAUCCGGGUCUCGCGGCUGACGGUGCGGUGUAUGAUUGGGGACUUGGAUGCCGAGGUGCAAACAUUUCCCCCAUUCGAAGGCACCGAGCGCAAUUAUCUGCGUGCUCAAAUAGGUCGAAUCCAGGCGGCCACCUCCAUCUCACCCCAGGGCUUCUUCACCUACGGGUCUGGCGAGGAGGAGGACAUUGAUUUGGAAGAAGGCGCUGGUGACAUGGCAUUUAACCCUAAUCCCUUCUACCAAGGUCAUACACUGAAGGAUCUGCUGGACCCAAAUCUUACUUAUUGGGUGCACCACGGGAAGUAUAUCCUAAACCAAGGGAGGACCCUCUGGUGGAAUCCUAAUGUUGGGAUGGAAGAAGGCCUAGAAGAAGAAGAUGACGAAGGUCCACCGCCGAUAGAACCGGAGUCAGGUCCGAUGCUAUUCACCUCUCUGGCUGAAGACAGUAGGAUCGAGAGUCAGGCUUCGUGGACGCCCCGCACCAGUACCAAGCUGACUCCCGAGCGCGCGCUGGUAGUGAUGAGAAGCAACAUUUGGCCUGGUGCUGUAGCCUAUGCUACCACCGGCAAAAAGUCGGAGUGCAUGUAUAUUGGAUGGGGUUUAAAGAGUCAGCCACCAAACUUCACGCCGCUUCAACUGCCGCUGCCGCAGGAUGAGUACCCCGUGGGGCCAGAGGUCAUGGAGAUGGUUGACCCUACAUUUGCUGAUGAAGAGGCUUACCGCAUAGCGCACCUUCCCCCGCCGCCUCCCCCCGUUAUCGCCGAGGAGGGGGCGUUCGGAGAAGAGGAAGAAGAAGAGGAUUAACUGCUUGUCUAUGUCGAAUUUAAUAAAGUAUUUAGAUAUUAA